AUGUCUCCUCGCACCUGUCUGACGCUAGAACAAAACCUUCAAGUGCACCUAAAGCUCAAGCAGAAUCCUGGCAUGAACAACCCCAUGCUCGCCGAGUGGAUCUACGCAACUUUCAAGGCCCGGGUCAGCCGUGCCACACUCGCCCGACUGCGCAACCUGCCUUCUUCCUACUUCAGCCACGUCGAUCUGAGUGCGACCAAGCGGCGCCGAGUGAAAUUCCCUCAGUUCGAGCGGGAACUGAGGGAAUUUUUCUUUCAGAACGAAGCUAAAACGGCGAUGGCGGACGACAUGCUCCUGCUGAAGGCGCAUGAGCUGGCGGAGCGCUUAGGAGGAAGAGGAGGAACAGGAACCCGCAGUUCAACCUGCCACUGCUCUGAGACACUGCAUGGAGCUGGCUGCAUUUCUGCUGCAAUGCGGAGAGCAGACUGA